AUGAAGAGUGCAUCAUCGAAAGCUGCCAAAUUCCAAGGGCUACCACUAAAUCAGAAGAGAUCAGAAGCAAACGAGAGAGUGCUGAACGCGGUAGCUGUAGAUAAUCGAAACACGGUAAACCACUGGGUUGGUGGUUUCCGAGUGACGCGAAUGAAAAGAGCGGUGAAAAAUCGCAGUCGAUAUUCACUUUUGACCGAGAAUAGUGGUCUGACAGCAUUUGGACUGAUCGGCAAAUAUCUCACAAGGGCAUUUGAGCAGCUAAAAAAUAAAACAUCUCAUAAAAGUUGGACAGCCACAUUGGAUGAGAUUAAGCAGUUGGGUGAAGAGGUUCGAGAACGAGACGCUCAUCGAAAAGCGGCUUCGAAUCGCUUCGAAUCCAUUAUAGAUGCACAACUUCACAAUUUGCCAAUCGCUGAGAGACGAGAGCGUGCUAAACCGAUCAAAAUCGAUAUUGAGAGCGGCGAUGGGAUGUCGUUGGAAAUGGAUAGAGCCAUAAAACUGCGAAUGAAAAAAUUGAACGAUAAGGAUCAAGCGAUGUUAGCACAACCAAUGCGAUUGAUGCGAGAAGGUGUGAAGUUGGGAAUGAUGUUAACCGGUCGUAAUGUCUCAGAUUUUGAGAAUAAAACUCUGAAGAUGGCAUCACCGAGACUCUUAUCUGUAGUACCUGAAGACAAUGACGACGAGGUAUCGAUGUCAACAAUUAUUUUGCUUAUCGUGAGUAUACUAUCACCAUCACUGUUCAGUUUGCACAAUGAAGGCAAAGGCUUGGAAAAAGCGUUGAGUAUACCAAAUGCGAUUAAAGCGUUGAAAGAGAGCGAUCAACGUGAAUGGUUGAAUUUCAUUGUUGAAGCAUCUGGAAUCACUGAUGCCGUACAAGAAGCUAAGGAGAAGAAAUUGAAGCAGUUGAAUGAGACUGUAAAUAAUACACGAGGAAUCGAUGGACAACCGCUGUAUUUUACAAAAGAGAAUGUUACUGAGCUGUAUGGUGCAAAGGAAGGCUACAAAAUUGAUAAGUUCGAUGAACUACAACGAAGUUUCACUAAGAAUCAGGUCAAUGAACUGAAUUCAACCGGCUUCUCCAUAAUGGAUAAACACCAAAUGGCGCUCUUUUACGGUAAAGACUCACCAUACGACGAUGAACUGGCACUGAAACGAUUCGGUGCUAUGAACCGAAAGCAAGUGCUCACAAAUCUGGAGCGUGAUCUUCGCCUGAUCGCGCAAACGGACACAAUCUCGCUGGAGAGAAGGCAUCGCUCAAAGCGAAACAUCGUCGGUGGUGCGUCUAUACUUGCGCCGUUCGUAUUUGCCUCAUCAGUGCUUUCGAAUACGUUCGUUGUUCUACAUCCGGUGGUAUUGUCACCUUCAAUUUUGACACCCACCGUGCUCGGACCGUUCAUUCUCAGUCCGUGGGUGUUUGUGCCCGUCAUUCUGUCACCUCGUCUCUUGUCCCCAUUGAUUCUGAAUCCGAUUGUUUUCGUUCCGGUUGUUCUAUCACCAUUAGCACUACAUCCGUUCAUUCUAUCGCCUGGCGUUAUGAAUCCGUUCGUUUUGUCGCCGUUUGUUCUGACACCGUUCAUACUCUCUCCACAAGUCUUAACACCGGUCGUGCUGUCCCCGUUUGCGUUGAGCCCGUUUAUUCUAAGUCCCAUAGCGUAUUCACCAUUGGUGCUCAGUCCAUUUGUUCUAUCGCCACUAAUUUAUUCACCAUUAUAUUUAUCCUACGUAAUCAUGAGUCCUUAUGCUGCGUCGCCGUUGAUCAAAAGCGAUCUGAUUGAUAGUGAGGUGUUCUUGUCGCCUAGUGUGCUUAGUUAA